AUGCCGGGACCCUCCGUGCGGGGCAGGAUGUCGCUGGGUCCGCGGGAUGCGCCCGGCUGCAGCCUGCGCCGGGAGGGCUACACCGUGCAGGUCAACGUCAACGACUACCUGGACAUCUACUGCCCGCACUACAACGCGUCGGUGGGCGAGCACCGGCCCGAGCAGUACGUGCUCUACAUGGUGAACGCCGAGGGCUACCGCACCUGCAACACCAGCCAGGGCUUCAAGCGCUGGGAGUGCAACCGGCCCCACGCGCCCCACAGCCCCAUCAAGUUCUCGGAGAAGUUCCAGCGCUACAGCGCCUUCUCGCUGGGCUACGAGUUCCACGCGGGCCAGGAGUACUACUACAUCUCCACGCCGCCGCACAACCACCGGCGGGCCUGCCUGAAGAUGAAGGUGUUCGUGUGCUGCGCGUCCAGUGAGUACAUCCCGCUGCGCCGUGUCCCCCCGUGCCCCCCUCACCUCCUGCCUCUCCCCGCUGCAGAAAACUUCAACCCCGAGAUGCCCAAGCUGGAGAAGAGCGUCAGCGGCACCAGCCCCAAGCGGGAGCACCUGCCGCUGGCCGUGGCGGCCGCGCUCUUCCUCAUGACGCUGCUGGCCUCCUAGCUCGGCCCGCGCCGGCGCCGGCCCCGCGCUCCCUCCC